AUGGCAGCUGUUGUUGAGAAUGUUGUCAAACUGAUGGGGGAGCAGUACUACAGAGACGCCAUGGAGCAAUGUCACAACUACAACGCCAGGCUGUGCGCUGAGAGGAGCGUCCGGAUGCCGUUCCUCGACUCUCAGACCGGCGUGGCGCAGAGCAACUGCUACAUCUGGAUGGAGAAGAGACACCGAGGACCAGGCGUGGCUCCGGGGCAGCUCUACACCUACCCGUCCAGGAGGUGGAGGAAGAAACGUCGAUCUCAUCCUCCAGAGGAUCCCCGGCUUAUCUUACCAUCCGUCAAGUCAGAGGUGGAUGUAGGACUGAAGAAGGACGCUCUGCUGUCAGCGGACGGCAGCAGCCUGGAGGCGCUGCUGAAGGGCGAGUCCGUGGAGAAACGAGCGACCUCCGAGCUGCGAGGGUCCGAGGAGGACUCGAACCAGUCUGACUACACCGGAGGCCUGAACCCCUCGGCGCGCAUCAGAAAGAAAGUCCUGGAGCCAGAUGACUUCCUGGAUGACCUGGAGGAUGAAGACUAUGAGGAAGACACGCCUAAAAGAAGAGGCAAAGGGAAGGGGAAGGGUCGAGGAGUGGGGGGGAGCAGGAAGAAGCUGGACACGGCGGCGCUGGAGGACCGGGACAAACCAUUCGCCUGUGACAACACUAUCAAACAAAAGCAUAUUUCAAAACCUUCUGAAAGAGUCUGUGGGAAGCGCUACAAGAACCGUCCCGGCCUGAGCUACCACUACGCCCACUCCCACCUGGCCGAGGAGGAGGGUGAGGAAGAGAAGGAGGAGAUGGAGAUCAGUGAGCCCACUCAGCUGCUGCCCAAUGAUCCCAAAACUGCCAAGAAAGGUCCAGAUGGUAUUGCAUUGCCUAAUAAAUACUGUGAUUUCUGCCUGGGAGACUCCAAAACCAACCACAAGACCGGCCAAUCAGAGGAGCUGGUUUCCUGCUCCGACUGCGGACGCUCAGGCCACCCGUCCUGCCUGCAGUUCACCCCCGUCAUGAUGGCCGCUGUGAAGACGUACCGCUGGCAGUGCAUCGAGUGCAAGUGCUGCAACGUGUGCGGCACCUCGGAGAACGACGAUCAGCUUCUGUUCUGUGAUGACUGUGACAGAGGUUACCACAUGUACUGCAUCAACCCCCCCAUGGCUGAACCUCCAGAGGGGAGCUGGAGCUGUCAUCUGUGUCUGGACCUUCUGAAAGACAAGGCGUCCAUAUACCAGAACGUGUGAUGCCCCCCCCCCCCCCCGCGCAGCAGAACGCUUCGCCUUUCAACAUCGAUGAGAAACUCCUCUGCCCAGCUGAGCUCGGAGGGAGAGUUCAGAACAGACAAUACGUUGUGAAAGGGGAAGUAUCCCAAACAAACUGCCCUCCCUUAGCUUCAGAUAUGACUGUUACACAGUUCCAAGCUCAGAUUAAUCCCCCACGGUUUUUAUUUUCACCUCUUUGCCACAUAGCCAAUUUGAGCAGUACUGAAUCUCAGCAGAAAACACAUAAAUCUGUUUUUGUACACAUUCACCCACACACAGUUGCUAAUAUAGAGCUUGUUGGAAUCAAGUAGCAUGCCAGUGCUUGGUCAUCGUAACGCAGAAGAUUUUAUAAUAUUUAUAUAUUUCUAUGGUAUAUAAUAGUGUUAAGUAUGUACUAAUUGGAGAGAAAAAAGAAUGGUUAUGUAAUGGUCUUUUUAUUCGUGCCCAUUUCAUCAUUAUGGAAAUAUCCAUGUUUUUUAUGGCACUGCUGAUAUUUGGUGGUUCUCUCGAUGGAGUCAAAGGGAUCGGCUGUAAAUGAUUUUCCGUCUCCUGCCACACAGAAACAAAUCAGGAAGUAUAAACACAAACCCUGACAUGUCAAAGUGUCUCCAAAGGCUGAGGGUCUCCAGGGACGUUAGAGGAUGCAUGAGGACAUUUAGCAUGUUUUAUUCAGGCUUUGGGGCCUUUUUGACAAAACUGUAGGCUUUCCCUCUCGUCCUCUGAUAUUUGAAUUAUUACUCCGGUCAAAUCAACAAUCCUUCUUGCGUUAUCAGCCAGAUAAAGGGAUUUAGAAAAAGCCUUUGUCGCUGUGUUUUAGCAGUUUGCUCGCCACGCACCAUAUCUGUUGAUGCUGUGACGCCACUAGAUUAUUUCAUUGUAAUUGAAGACUUGUAGAUGGCUGGAAAUGUUAAAGCAAUAUAAAAGCUCCUGUAGGAUGCUGGGAUGAAUGGCAGAGUCGGGUUAUGUGAUACUUCUUUCUCAGUAAAAUGCUACAAAUAUGGAAGGCUCUAUAUUGUAAAAAAUUUGAUUAUAAUUUCUAUAGAAGUUUGGAGAAUUGGCUCCAUUUGUUACUGCUUCCAUAGUUUUAUUAUGCAAUGGUCUGCUUACUUUACCUCAAACAGAAACAGUAUUUAAAGGGGGGAAACAUGCUGUUGAGAUGGGUCAAAGGCAGAGGGAUGUGUCUGCUUCUAUAACUGCGUAUUCUACAGGUAAACAAGGGCAUGCUCAGUAUCGUCUGCACUUCAUAUUCUGCAUAGCGUUAGCUCUGCAAAGGUGUUGGUGAGCGGUGUAAUAUAAACUAACCACGCUAUCAUGUUGUUUCAAUAGCCAACUAACAAUACUUAAAACAUUACAUGCAUAUAUCUUGGUUUAUUUUUACUUAUUUAGAGACAGUGGCUACUAGAAUAUUUGGCUGGUUGUUUUUGUAUUAAUGGAUCAUAUUUGAGUACCUGAUGGGGAUAUGUUGGGAAGUGGAAUUUGCUCUCUAGUUAUUCCUGUGAUCCUCAGCUCUCUUCCAAAACUCGAAACAAGAAGCGAAACCUGUAAUGUGAUUUAAGAGACUAAUUGUGGAGCUGCGCCUUCAACAGAAAGAAUUAUGAUUUUGGGGGUUUUCCCUUUUCCUGUGGUGUGUUAAACUGAAAGGCUAAAAUCACUUUGAUCCCUCCAGAUCCCUCCAGACCUACAGACGGUGACCUUUUCGAACAUUAAAGCUUGUAAACAUGUCACAGUAGAGGAACAACAUACAAAUAUGCACCUGAAAAUGUGCAUAAUAGAGCCCUUGAAGAAAUGAUGGACACUGUUAGUAUCCACCUUCUAGGUUGCACUCGGAGGAAAAGCCCUAAACAAGUCAUUUGUAAAAAGAUUAUGGUUUCAAGUCUUGGAAGAUAAUUGUUUAUGUUUUAAGGAUCACAGGUUUACAUGGCAGGUGAAUUCUCUAUUUGAUGGACUUUCAUUUGGAUUGUGGUAGAAUGUUUUAUUGUACGAUAUUUGUUUUCAGGAAAUAAAAAACUAGGCACUAUAACCUG